AUCACUCAUUUCGUCUGCAGGGCUGAAGAUCCGUGAAGUGAUGAUCAACGUGUCCCGGCAGCAGGUGGAGGACUUUCACGGCCCGGAGGACUACUGGUGUUUAUGCGUCGCCUGGAGCCACCUGGGGACCUCCAAGAGCCGCAAGGCAGCCGUCCGGAUCGCCUACCUGAGGAAGAACUUUGAGCAAGACCCUCAAGGCACCGAGGUGCCUCUGAAUGGCAUGAUUGUGCUGCACUGCCGUCCCCCAGAGGGAGUGCCGGUGGCUGAGGUGGAAUGGCUAAAAAACGAGGAUCCUCUAAACUAUGCUGAUGACAGCAUCCUCGAUCUGAGAGGUGACCACAGCCUUAUCAUCUCGGAAGCUCGCCUCUCCGAUUCUGGGAACUACACGUGCGUUGCCAGCAACAUCGUUGCUAAAAGACGCAGCACCACAGCCACAGUGGUCGUCUACGUGAAUGGAGGCUGGUCUUCGUGGACAGACUGGUCCGCCUGUAGCGUCCGCUGCGGUCGAGGUGUUCAAAAGCGCUCCCGGACGUGCACGAAUCCAGCUCCUCUCAACGGAGGAUCCUUCUGUGAGGGCAUGUCGGUGCAGAAGAGCACGUGCAACACAGUGUGUCCAGUGGACGGCGGAUGGGGGGAGUGGAGCGAGUGGUCGGAGUGCAGCUCGGACUGCGAGAGGCAGCGCAGCAGAGAGUGCACGGCUCCAGAGCCCAAGCACGGCGGUCGGCUGUGCGACGGGGUGGCGGUGGCGACGGACAACUGCACGGGCGGCCUCUGCACUCAGAAUCGGAAGCUGCUUCAUGAUGCGAAGCAACAGGGUGCAGAAUCCACCAGCGACGUGGCCCUGUACUCCGGCCUGGCUGCUGGGGUGGUGACGGUGGUGCUGCUGAUCGUCGCCGUCACUCUUUACCGGCGCAGCCAGAGCGAGUACGGCGUUGACGUCAUCGACUCGUCCGCCCUCACCGGCGGCUUCCAGUCCUUCAGCUUCAAGACGUCUCGACAAGCGAACCCGCUGCUUAUUAACUCAUCCAUGCAACCGGAUCUGACGGUGUCCCGUACCUACACCAGCCCCAUGUGUUUCCAGGACUCCAUUGACAAGGAGAUAAUGGCCGAGCACUCGCUCCUUCGCCCACUGCCAGAGCUCAAGAGCAAAGGGGCCGCAGAAAGGGCAGAGUACCACGUCAUGUCCCACCCUCAGACAUUUCCACGAGGCUUGGCGCCAGACUACAGAGGGGUCGCUGUGGGGACCACACUGGGCAUAAGAGGCAAAAACCUUUUCACCCCACCGGUGUCUCUGACUCCCAGCAGGCCUCUGCACAAAGCGACGGCGGUGUUUGGCCAUGCUGGAGGCAGGCUGGUGGUACCCAACACAGGAAUCAGUCUGCUGGUGCCUCACGGGGGGAUCGCAGAAGACACUACCUGGGAAAUGUACAUGAGCAUCAGCCAGGAGGACUGCAGCGCCUUAUCCGAGGACGAGUCGGAGGUCUUCCUGAGCCCCGCAGUCACGUACGGCCCGCCGGGCCUGGACCUGUCCUGCGCCGUGGCCAUGACCAUCGCGCAUUGUGCAGAGGUUUCUGCCGACAACUGGACCAUCCGGUUAAAGAGACAAAUCCUGGACAACAAGUGGGAGGAGGUGAUGUGCGCGGACGAGGAGAGCACGAGCUGCUACUGCCUGCUGGAGGCCCAGCGGUGCCACGUGCUGCUGGGGCAGCCGGGUCGCUACGCGCUGGUGGGGGAGCCUCUGAACCAAGAGGCAGCCAAGCGGCUGAGGCUGGCCGUGUUCGGUGGCCCCGAUACCGGCAACUCUCUGGGCUUCACCCUCAGGGUGUACUGUGUGGACGACACGCCCCAUGCAUUUCAGGAGGUGGCCGUUGGGGAGCGCAGCAGAGGGGGACGGCUGCUGGAGGAACCUAAAAUUAUGCUGUUUAAGGGGAACAAUUUCAGCCUCCAGGUGUCCAUCCAGGACAUCCCUCAGUUAGUCUGGAACAUCAAGCCUUUUACCACCUGCCAGGAGUUCUCCUUUUCUCAGGUGUGGGCCGGUAACCAGCAUCCCCUGCAGUGUGCCUUCUCUUUGGAGCGCUACAGCCACUCCUCGUCUCAGCUCUCCUGCAAAAUCAGCAUCCGGCAGGUCACAGGAGAGGAGCACAUCCUCCAGAUCUACACUUCUGUGGUGGAGAACGACAAGGCGGUGGUUCCUUUUUUCACUCAGUCAGACUGUACCAUCACAUCCCAGACAGGGUCAAGGGCAUUUAAAAUCCCGCCGUCCAUCCGCCGGCGGAUCAUCGCCACCUUUGAUGCAGCCAACGCCAACGGGAAGGACUGGCAGCUCCUGGCGCAGAAGCUGCACAUAGACAGGAACCUGUGCUACUUUGCAUGUCAGGAGAGCCCGUCCUCUGUGAUCCUGAGCCUGUGGGAAGCCCAGCACCAGGACUCCGGAGACCUGGACUCUCUGGCCAGUGCCCUAGAGGAAAUCGGGAAGGUCCAGUCCCCCAAAGGGACCGGCACUGCCGGCUGCAACGACAAAGAUUCUGAAUUCACAAAACCCGGGUAGGGAGGUUCAAGGGGGAGGAAACACACGAUGAACCUUUACUGCAUGAACAAUGAGGAUCAGGUGGACCGGCUACCCCGUGGAGAGGAGGAGGAGGCGUUUCAAAGCAGCACCUGUGCUGAACCAAGGGGUCCACAGUAAUGCAGUGAAGUCAAAAACGACCCAGAGACAUCACCGCGGGGGUCCCGAGAGACCACAACACAUUUUAGGAAAGAGAUCUCAGUAAAGCCAUGUGAAAUGAGAAAGUGCACUCUUCAAAAAUCAGUCAACCUGAGAUGAGCAACACAUGAAAUGUCACAUUGCAUUCAGUUUGAGUUGAAAAUUAGAAAUUCUUUGACAAAUUGCAACAAAAAAGCUUUUUUGCAGCAUUUACAGGUAUCUAUACUACCUUAAAUCCUUGAUUUAGAGUUCCUUCAAUUAUUUAAAGUUCACUCAUUUCAUUCUCUUAAGCCAGGGGUGCCCACAUGUUUUCAGUACACGAGCUACUCCAAAACAUCUAAAUAUAUAAAUAUCCAUAUAUAAGUACAAUAAAAUCAUAAAAGCAGCAAAUUUGGCUGCGCAGCUGCAUUGUUAAUCAGCAAAAUGUGCUGUAGGUAGCAAACGCGUCAAGAUCGGUUCGGAGGCUUGUAAGAUCGCAAUUGGUCGGGACCAUUGGACCGCCAUCCAGGACCGUACCUGGGCUGCAUGGCGCCCUGGGCAUGACGGGAUUUUUGUUCUCCUUUUGUUGUUCUUCUUUUUCUUCAACACAGCUCCCUCUGUAACUUAAUUAAAAUGUUUGUAAAAUUGUACCAAAAUUCAAUUAGAAGUAUCACAAUUGAAAACUAAAAUGCAUAAACAGAAAU